GGAUCUGAAACAAGGAACAGCGACGAUGGUGAGGGUUUGCUUCUUCUUGCAGGAUGUGUGUUGUCUAAAACGAGCUAUUCAACCCUACGGAUCAUUCCAACUGCGGACUCUCUCUCUGUUGGAGGUCGGAGGAUAUGCAUUACAUCGUAUCUGGCUCUCUGCCGCAUAUCUAGAGAGCUACCAUGCUACGGUGCUGUUGUUGUUGCUGCAGCAGUUUUUAUUCUCUGUGCGAAAGAGGUAGGCAUGGUGUCGUCACUCUCGUGUCGUAGCCAUUGCGCAACAUGGGCCGAAGCUCGAGAUGGUGUCUGGUCUGGCGACUGGUGACCCUUGUAGAGGAAAAAAUGACAGUCCCGUGGCGUGCCUACAGGCCGAUUCAGCUCCGUUCUCAGCUCCGAUCACGUUGCGUGCCGAAAGAUCGCCGUUGUACCUCGGCUAAGAGCAAAAAACAUACAUAGAGACCAGCAGGGAGACACAGGCAGCCCACCCCAAAAGCACGCUUAUCAGCAAUGCGCACAGGACUCACAUAGUACAAUACUAAUCACCCAUGCUUAAUUUAAUCU